AUGAAUUUUACGGAAUUGAUCCAAAAGAAAGAUGACGAUUACGUUGGUGCUGUUAAAUUAACAUCUCGAGAAAGACGUUUUAUUAAAUUUGCAUCUGUCGAAUACGAUGGACAACUUUAUAUGACUCCACAAGAUUUUCUAGAAUCCGUUGUAGAACAAGAACCUAGACCUCGUCUCAAAAGAAGGUAUUUAACGGAUAAAGAAAUUGAAAAAAUAAAAGAUGAUACUCCGCCAUUAAAAAAUGGUAAUUCUGAAAUGUUUAGAAAACUUCGUGAUAAGGAACCGCAAUCGGGUUUUAGAAUUGCAUUCAACAUGUUUGAUACGGAUGGAAACGAAAGAGUUGAUAAAAAUGAAUUUCUUGUGCUUGUGGAUAUAAUAGGAAAACACGGUUUGAAAGAAAUAAAAUCAAGAGAAUGCGAUACCAAAUCUCAAACAGCUAUGGAAAAAAUAUUUAGUCAAUCGUGGAAAGAUAAAAGAGGUUUAAAUUCGAAAAAUAAUAAUAAUAAUACAAAUGAUGCCACGAAAAGUAAAAGUUCGACGUCGCAAGAAGAUUACGUAGACGAUGAACAAGGUUUACAAAGGCGUCAUUCCGUCGACACGACUUUAAUCGUACAUUUUUUCGGUAAGAAGGGAAAAGACGAAUUGAAAUUCGAAGGUUUUAGAAGAUUUAUGGAAAACCUUCAGUCGGAAGUUUUGGAAUUGGAAUUUCACGAAUUUUCAAAAGGUCACAAAACGAUAAGCGAAGUGGAUUUUGCUAAAAUUCUAUUACGUUACACAUACCUGGAUACAGACGAGUACGAUCGUUUUCUUAAUAGACUUUUGGAUAGAGUUAAAGAGGAGAAAGGAAUAACGAUUCAAGAAUUUAAAGCAUUUUGUCAAUUUUUAAAUAAUUUAGAAGAUUUUGCAAUCGCCAUGAAAAUGUACACACUGGCGGAUCAUCCAAUAUCUGAGGAUGAAUUUUAUAGAGCUGUUAAAAUAUGUACGGGAAAAAGUUUGAGCCGACAUAUGAUUCACACGGUUUUUGCAAUAUUCGACGAAGAUGGCGACGGUCAUUUGAGUUACAGAGAAUUUAUUGCUAUAAUGAAAGAAAGGUUGCAUCGAGGAUUUAAGUCUUACGCGAAAAACGAAGGAUGGGACGCAUUCAAAUUUUGCGUGAAACAGGAAAUGAAAACUCCAAAUUAA